UAGCGGACGACCAGCACACAUCAACCAUGACUCUCAGGCUUGUGGUACUACUAACGGUGGUGACUAUCGUGGUUGGUGAAAGUGCUCACGUUACUGGAACCACCCUUUAUGGUGCCCAUCCUGCCCCAGGCCAUCAUGGCCACCAAACUCAUCAUGGCCACCAAGCUCAUCGUGGCCACCAAGUUCAUCAUGGCCACCAAGCUCAUCAUGGCUACCAAGCUCAUCAUGGCCACCAAGCUCACCGUGGUCACCAAGCUCAUCAUGGCCACCAAGCUCACCAUAGUACCCACGCUCACACAACCUCCGGUCACCACGAGCCCGCCGUCCCCGCUUGCGCCGCCAACACCACAAAGCCUUGGUGCCUGGAGGACUCCGAGUACCCCAUAAAGGACAUCCAACACGCCGCUGAGCACCACUAUCACUAUCUCCUCACCGUCUACGCUGACCUCGUCGAUCUCAACACCGAAGUCUCCGUCGAGCGUCCCAACACCUUGCCGGAGGAGACUUACCUCUGUCCCUCAAAGACCUCCUACGUCAAGCCUCUUCGUGCCCAGAACACCGACGGUAAGUGGCGCGUCAUCGUCAACAACAUCGAAGUUCAUUACGAAACAUUCACUCAGACCACCCGCAUCGAAGAGUGCCUGACAUCUGGCAGUGUUUGUCCCAAAGUGCCUGAGUGUUAUGAGUCCAAGUGCCUGCAGAAGUCCAUCUACCACCGCUUCCUCGUCUACGACUCUUAUGAUCAGUACUUCCCCUUCGCUAUCGAGACCUUCAAGCUGCCCGCCAGCUGUGCCUGUCUGCUGGGCGCCUACACCAUCGACCACUAAGACCAUCUCACGACCCAUACCAAACCAAAAAAAUGUAGAAUCUGGCUUAAAAUUAAGAAUGUUUUGUGAAUUUGACUUGAGAAAUGUCUACCUGUGAAGCCCAAUAGCACGAACGAGUGUGUGGCUCCCUGUAACAACAACUGGCUGGUGCAGGAUACACUACUGUCAUUCUAACAUUACUCAGUAUUAUGGUACGUAAAGAAAGCAGUUCUCUAGUCAUCUUACUGUGAUAAGUAUUGUGUAAUGUUAAAUAUUUACAAGCCAAUCUUAAUAUUUAUCUUCUAAUAUGCUUUAUCAAUCUGCAAACAAAUAAAAUAAAUAAAAAAUAAAUACAUCAA